UCUAUUUGUUUCUCAUGCCAUUUCCUACUUCCGCCUUUCCAACUUAUCUAUUCAUUAAGAACAAUGCCGUCUGCUCCCGUCGCCGACUCCACCGAGCCUGAGAAGGAGGCCGUCCAAAUCUCGUCGUCUGCAGCCGAAUUAGAGAAGAAGCUUCAGUUCGAUGACAAACCGGUUGUUGAAGACGUUGAGGAUGACGAUGACGACGAUGACGACGAGGAUGAUGACGACGGAAAGGAGAACGGGGCUCUUGACGGAGGUUCAAAUGAGAGUUCAAAGCAGAGCAGGAGUGAAAAGAAGAGUCGCAAGGCGAUGCUGAAGCUGGGUAUGAAACCAGUUACUGGUGUUAGCAGAGUCACCAUUAAAAGAACCAAGAACAUAUUGUUUUUCAUAUCAAAACCUGAUGUGUUCAAAAGUCCAAACUCUGAGACGUAUGUGAUAUUUGGAGAGGCAAAGAUAGAGGAUUUGAGUUCUCAGUUGCAGACACAAGCUGCCCAGCAAUUCAAGAUGCCAGACAUGGGACAGGUGAUGGGAGGAAAAUCAGAGAUUUCUGGCAGUAGUGCAGCUGGAGCAUUGGUUGAAGAGGAAGAGGAAGAGAUUGAUGAAUCUGGGGUGGAGGACAGGGACAUUGAUUUGGUAAUGACACAGGCUGGGGUGUCCAGAACCAAGGCCGUCAAGGCCCUCAAGACUCACGACGGGGACAUUGUCAGUGCCAUAAUGGAGCUCACAACUUGAGUUGAGUAGUCUCUCCAAUCCGCUCUCUUCCUUUGCUUUGGUGAUUCAUGAGUUCUUAAUUUUCUUGCUACCUUUCUAGUUGGACUAUGAGUUCAAGUUUUUGUACGUUUUUUUUGGUUGCCUUUUGCUUUAAUUCUUCAAAUUCCAUUCAUUGAGACUGCUUCAUGUUGACUUGUUUCGUUUUUAGACCAAUUGGAUCAUUUUUUUUUCUUUCU